AUGGCUUUCACACAGCAAGAAAAACUAAUCCAUACCUACAUUAAUUAUUGUUCAUUCAGAUACUGCGAACUAUGCGAGCAUCAUUUUGUUUUCACACCAAUCUACAGACAAGACAUGCCGGAUCGGAUGCCUUUACGGAUCAUAUGCCGACAAUCCAUUCGUCAUCUUGCUUUCUUUCUCCGGGGCUUUCUCCGCGCAAUUGUUGUGAUUCUAGUUUGGCUUGUAGUAGUGCCUUGCCUAACCCUUCUGGCGUGGCGCUUUUGCUUUUGGAGCGGGUCAAGAUUUGACUUUUCAAGUAGUUUGAAAGGCUUGGUCUCACCAAGUCCAAAUGAGUCAACUACAGAUUCCUUGCCAAUAAUCGGUCCUCAAAAUAACCCAAAGACAAGUUCAUUUGGAUUUUUUGGGUACACGCAAAGGGAGUUUAUGGAGGAUUGUUUUGAAGGCCAAAUAGUCACUCUUUUCGUCGUUGUCGUAUUCGUGACAGCAUAUCUUUUUAGAGAAUGGGUAAUUCAAAACACACCAGAAGAAAGAAAUAUCGAAUUCUUGCCAGAAGACGAAUUGGCAGAAUUACCGCCCCUUAUUCAAAUGAAUCCAGUAGACCAAAAUAUAAAUCAUUUCACUGGACCUGCCGAAUUGGCUGAUAUGUAUCAAAAUGAGUUUCUAGAAGCAAGUCAACAUGAUAGAGAAAUAAAUCAACACCAAGAGGCAGGGCACAUUCUGGAAGAAUUCAGAAGAGAAAAUGAGUGGAUACAUAGAAAUUCUAAUCGAGGAUAUCCUAACAGCCACCAAGACAACCAUCGUCAGAGUCGCUCAAGUGGCUCGGAUGAUGAUACCUCAGAACAACAGCUUUUGUGGGAUCAUUCGCACUUUGAGGAACAAUACACAAACGACCAUGAAGAAGAUUAUAAUGAGAGUGAAUCAGGGGAUGACGCUGCCACCUUUGUACCUUCAUCCACAGACAGUCUUUUGUCUCGUAUAGACAAUUCUUUGGAAAAUAUACAGAAUUCUGCUAGGGCACUAUGGUCUCCUGAAGCAAAUCCAUAUGAAGAUAGUGAAAUACACAGCGAAGAUGAAUUUUUAAUGUCAGAAGAAUCAUCUGCUAGUCGUAAAUCUUCGUCUGGAUCAUCUGAUCGAAAAGGAAAAUCACGACUGGAAAGAGCUUCUUCGAUAGAAUACGACGGCUAUCUAGAUCAUCGCAUAGCAAGUGAAUAUAGCGAAGACGAUGCAGGUGAAUCUAGCAGUCGACAACCCUUACUAGCUAGCUGGAGAAGAGAGCAUGAUCGAUUGGAAAUAAGAGAAAAUAGUCAGUCUGCAAAUACCCGAUGGAGAGCACCCGAAUUCGUUCCUUCGCCAGAAAGCGCAAUAGAUGGUGGAAAUCGCACUGCUUCCCCAGUAGCUCCGACAUUGAUGCUAGACUCAGACUCUCAGAAUCAAAUCCACGAAAUACCCUCAGACGACGAGUCAGACAGAGAUACAGAAGAAGAGAAUCCAAUAGUAGAAGAAGAUGUAUUUGAUUUUGGCGAAGACAUUGAAGGCGUUUUAGAAGCAAUUGGAAUGCGUGGAAACCCUUGGAUGCUAGUACAGAAUGCGGCAUUAAUGUCAUUGAUGGUUAGCAUAUUCCUGGGUGUAUGCGUAUGGAUUCCUUACAUGACUGGACGCAUUGUAAUUUUGAUUCGCCCCACAAGCUUUAUCCAGACGCCCAUAUAUAUUCUCAGACUAUUCACAGACCCAUUUGUGGAUUUUUUCAUGGAUCGUGUGGUACUCUCAGUUUAUGCAACAGUUGACGCCAGCUACUUUAAGAACCAUGUAAUUACAAAGCGACUCGACGUAGCACUUGAAAGAUUACUGUUGUGGACAACAGAAUACACAGCCCAGAUAUUACAGUUUAUACAACAUCAAAACCAUCAAGAAUCAGCAUUAAAAAUUAAUUCGAUGAAUCACACAGUCAAUGUACUAGAUACAGCAAUAUCAUUUGGCAAACAGACGGAUCUUAUGCAGAAAAAAGUUGAAGAUUUAGGGUACCUUGCUCUAAAACGAUGGCAUCAAUUUGCAAUUGGUCAAACCUGGGCUGACCGCUCAGUCUGCGUUACAGUUGGCUAUUCUGUAUUGAUAAUUGCUGGCUCAUGGUAUCUUACACGACCUACAGCUCCUGCAAGAAGAAUUCAUGGAAACACACUCAAAGAUAUCAUCUGGCAACAAGGCAUAUUUCUCAAAGUAUUCUUCCUCAUCCUACUCGAAUUAAUCAUAUUUCCAAUCAUAUGUGGGGCUCUUAUCGACAUUGCCACCGUUCCAUUGUUUUCUGAUGGUUCCUUAACAUCACAUUGGGCUUUUAUUCAGAAAAACCCUUACUCUGGCUGGUUUUUAUAUUGGUUUGCUGGAACUGGAUUUAUGUUUAACUUUGCAGUAUUUGUCACAUUGUGCAGAGAGGUCGUACGGACAGGCGUAAUGUGGUUCAUUCGAGACCCAAGUGAUCCUCAAUUUCACCCUGUACAGGAGAUGAUCGAAAGACCUAUUACCUUGCUUCUACGAAAACUCAGCUCAAGUGCAGCCAUGUAUUCCACCCUCAUCAUAAUAGGAAUUGGAUCAGUUACUACAGUUCUUGGCUAUUGCACUAAUCUUUUUCCUCUUUCAUUGAACUUUGGAAAACCCCUAUCUACUCUUCCAGUUGAUCUUCUGGCAAUCCAAUUCUUAUUGCCACUUUUGAUGAACUAUAUUCAACCGCGAGAAUACACCAAGAAACUGAUGUCCUUUUGGUGGCGAAGUGCUUCGCAUUUUCUACGCCUCUCGUCAUUUAUGUUUAACGAACGUCAUCCCGAGGAAGAGGGCGUUCAUGUGCGACGAACAUUCAAAGCUUGGAUAUUGAGAAAAGAGACCCAGAUUAAUGAUACUAUAUUCAACGAGGUUUCUAUUGAAGAUGAUGAUGCUGAUGUUGUAUUCAAACGUGAUGGCAUGUUUGCACGGGUGCCUAACCAAGAUACAGUGACUGUUCACCCAGAGAGGCGUAUGAUUGUUCCUGUGAAUCCCUUUACAUUUGAAGCAAUUGAAGAAGAAGAAAGAUUGGCAGGACAUCCUGCUGCUGCUUCUCCUGAAGAAGAGAGACAUGUUACUACAGUAGUGUACAUCCCUCCUCACUUCCGCUUAAGGAUUAUGAUGUUCGUGUUUCUUGUGUGGGUCUCUGGGUCAGUGGCUGUAUGUCUCCACACAAUUACUCCACGGCGUAGCUUGUACAAAAUGUACUUUGGCCCAAAUCAACAAAUGGGUGAUAUUUACGCCGUGAUCCUAGGCGUAUUUGUUAUGGUGCUAUUUAGUGUAGUUAUCGAUUGGGUUAGUCAAAUAAUAGGACGUACAAAGCAACGUGGGCUAGGAGCGAGUAUUGAGGAAGGCAUGAUACAUGUCAAACAAUACAUGUUAUUGAGUGUAAAGAGUAUCUACAUAUCGGGCAUCAUUGCCCUGAUCCUUCCGCUUCUUCUAGGUGUCACAAUAGAGCUCUACCUGUUCAUGGUCCUUAGAGCUUCCGAACCGAGCGAUGAAAUUACGAUUCACCUAUCACAGGACUGGGCACUUGGAAUUGUCUGCCUUGGAAUUAUCUAUGGUGUGAUUUACGUACUGCCCAACAAUGCCUUACAACGCAGGAUUGAUCAAGUAGUAGAAGAUGGCAUUUCGAAUCUUCGCCUCUGGGCAGUUACACGUUUUUUAUUUGCACCAGUUGUAUUUGGAUUAUUUAUCGGAAUAAUAUUGCCCGGUAUACUAGCUAUGGGAGUAAUACGUGCUAUACCUAUAAGUAAUCCAGUCACUCAACUACUUGUGUUCCGAUAUUCUUACCCUGCCGUACUGUGUAUAACUAUUCUUUUUGGACUUUUUACCGGCAGUAUUAAGCUUAUUCGUUUAUGGAUACAGACAAUACGAGACGAUACAUAUUUGAUUGGGAAACGGCUACACAACUUGGGCGAAACAACAACUGCAUAAGCAAAUAUUGACCUGAAUUUGCCACAAUACAUAUAUAUAUAUGAAUUCAUAACCAUUGCGACACUAUAUAUGUAUCUAAAAAAUAAGCAAGAGCAAGUGUCAGAGACAAUAAUAUUGUUAGCUUCUAGCGAUAUAGAAAAGCUUGUAGAAAUAUAUUAUAAGGUAGGGGAUAUACCACCCUAAGAAGACAAGCUGUAUAUGUUGAAUAAAACGGUACUCAACCUCC